AUGACACGCACCCUGAUUGUCUUCGGCGCCGGACCGGGAAUCGGCAACCACGCUGCUGCUGAGUUUGCGUCCAAUGGCAUUGAACAUGUUAUUCUUCUGUCGCGCAACGCAGAACGCCUCGAGAAAGAAGAUGCACCUUUCGUCCGCAGAGGCAACUCCUCCGUCAGAGUCGACACCUUGCGCAUCGAUCUUGCGGAUACAAAGUCCAUCUCAGGUGUACUCAACCAGCUCGACAGCAUGACCAAAGGCGAAGAUGUGGAAGUCGUGUUCUUCAACGCCGCCCGUAUAAAGCCGAACGAUGUCCUAGGUGUCAGCGUGCAGGAAAUUGAGGAAGACUUCAAAACCACGAACCUCGCCCUCUACGUCAUAGCACAGCACUAUACAACCAGACUCCAGACCCUGGCCAAGUCAAACUCGUUGCUCAAUCCCGCUCUUCUCGUUACGAACAGCCACCUGCCAUGGGAUCCUGUACCGCAACUCCUCUCGCUGAGUUUGGUCAAGGCUUCGCAGAAGAAUAUGGUGGAGAGCUUCAGUCGUGCGUUCAGUGAUAGUGGUGUGCACAUAGGGCUUAUCUAUGUCGAGGGAGUCGUAGCGCCAGAGAAUAAGGUGCUGAACCCAAAGACGAUUGCGGAGAGGACUGUGAAGUUCUGGGAAGAUGGAGAGGGAGUUGGCGUUCACAUCAAGGAAGAGUAA